AUGCGACCGCGCUCGAGGGUGAUCGGGCGGACGUUCAGAGCGAACGUGUCGAGGGUCGGGACGGCGGCGAACGCGGUGGCGCUGGGAGCGUCCUUCGUCAACGCGACUGGGUCGCGCAGGGCGCGUCGGCGACGAAGAGGCGAGUUCCUGAACGAUCCCGAUCGAGCGUGCACGGACGGGAUCAUAGUCGCCACGUGUGGGGCAUUUGCGCUGCAGUUGCUCACGCGUCAGACGCUCACGGGGUUCGGGGUGAAGAUUAACGAGAAGAUCGCGGCGGGCGAGCUGUGGCGACUCGUCACGCCGAUGUUCCUCCACGGCGGACUACCACACUUGAUGGUGAACAUGUAUUCGCUCAACUCCAUCGGACCGCUCGUGGAGGCAACGUUCGGGCGCGAACAGUUUUGUGCGACGUAUCUCGCGGCGGGCCUCGCCGGGAACUACGCGAGUUACCGCUUUUGCCCGACGCCUUCGCUGGGUGCGAGCGGAGCCGUGUUCGGAUUAGCCGGCGCGCUCGCCGUGUACUUACAGCGACACAAACACCUCCUGGGCGAGCGCGCGGACAUGCAGCUCAAACAAAUCGGUUCUGCGCUCGCCGUGAACAUGGCGUUCGGUCUGACGAGCGCGCGCAUAGAUAACUGGGGACACGGCGGAGGCCUUUUGGGAGGCGCCGCGUCCGCCUACUUUACCGGCCCCAAUCUUGUGUUAGAGUCCGACGACCCUUCCGGGCGAAGCAUGCGCCGGAAGAUCGUGAACAAACCCGUCGUGCAAUCUUUUGUCAAGGCUGUCCAGGAUUUCUGGGACGAAGACGACGAGGAGGACGAAUAG